UGAGUACUUCAAUUCUGAAGUACGCAUCCAUAGGCCAUAACUGAUGAUAACACUACAAACACCACCGUCUUUCUUACAAGUGAAGCAAAAUCAUGGAAGCAAUCAUAAGCCACUUCCCCCCACAUGCUCUUUAACCAAUUCUUCUCUAUCGUAUGCCCUAAUAUUCUUGUCAAAUUAUAAAAAUUCCAAGGAAAAUCAUUAUACUUUCUGCAAUGGAAAUUGUUACACGGUCCUGAGUUCAAAACAUUUUCAUCAACGAAAGAGCUUUCGAGAAUGAAGUGUGCAAGUGCAAGCACUAGUGAGGAAGGAAUUGGCGGCAAUGGUUCUAUUUUGGUGCACCAUAGGAUAGGAAAGGAAAGAGAAUUUACUCGGUGCAAGUUGAAGACCGUGUCAAGUGGUAAAAAACCGUUGCAGGAUUCAAGUGCUUCAGAUUCUAAAAAGGCAGAGAAGAAAAAGCUGCUGCUUGGAGGUGGUUCAACGAGUAAGGCUCUCAAUGCUUCCGGUAAGGGGAAGGCUGUAGUGUGCACUGGUGAAGUCGAAGAACUAAACGAGCGACUGAGAGUUCUUGAAGAAGAAACUGAAACUAUGAAGCAAGAAAUGUUGGAGAUUGCAGAAGAGAGAAACAAGUUGAUGAAGGAGAUAUAUCAGCAGUUUCAGAUGCUAGAAAUUGAUCCCAGAUGUUUGGCAGCAAUAGAACUCAAGUCUAUCGAUGGAAACACAAGUAUCUACUCGUCGCAGGAUCAAAGAAUGGGAGCUAGUUUGUCAGAUAUUUUACGCUGAGAUCAAAAUCCAUCUCUGGUCAACAGAAAUCUUAGAGCUAAUACUUGGCGAUCCUCAUGUGAUGCAUCUAUUGUAAACUAUAUAGAUGAUUCCAUCAACAUGUAAUCCCAGAUAGUAUUUGUAAACACCACGUUCGAAUCUCCUCUCUAUUAAUAUAGACAACCAUAUUCUGUUA